GGACUUUGUAUCAUGUGGAAUUAAUGUCAUCCAGUUUGUAACAAAUAAGAUUUUUUUUUUCUUGUAAUAAUAUUCAUACAAACAUGCCAUCAUCAAAAGGAAGACAUUGUUUUGGUUUCAUUCCCAUAAAAACAGGUAAAUUAAACUAGGUAUGAAAUAUAGAUUAGACUAAAGUCCUAAAUUCGUUUUACACUAGGAGUGUCACUCAUUACAAUUUUUGGGAUUUUGAAUAAAUUGUCCGGAUUUUAUGGAAUAUUAUCGUUUGAUUUUAGUGACACAUUUGCUACUCUAUUAUAUGUUUACUCUUUAUUUGCUAUUGUUGUCUUUUCAUAUGGUCUUUAUGGCUUGUAUACAGAUAAUGUUCGUAUUCUUCGAUGGUAUACAAUGUUCUUUUGGCUUGAUUGUUUCCUUAGUUUAAUAACUACUAUAUGGUUCUCAGUAUCUUGGUUCGUAUUUACUGAUCAUAGUUUACCAGAACUUGCAGAUGACCCUGAAAAAUUAGCUGAGUACAAUCGUUUAUUUAAAAUGGAAAGUCGAGUUAGCAUUGCAGUAUUAAUUGUAUUACGAUUAAUUCAUUUCUAUUUCACAUAUGUCGUUACUCGCUACUACAAGUUAAUUAAUAGAUUAACUUAUUCAAGAUUAUCAACAAAUGAAGAUAUUGACCUUGAAGAUACAAUUUCUAGUGGAAGAAAUAUUACUGAACAAGCAGUAUUACCUAAGCCAGCUCAAGACUAAUAAUAAGUAAAUAAUGAAAGAGAAAGAGGAGAGAAGGGUAAUUUAGAUAUACAUAUAUACAUGGUUUUUUUUUGUUCUGGACACAUAGUAAUAAUAAUAAUAAUAAUAAUAAUUUACUGAUAAUCUUUAAAAAAAAAAAAAAAAA